AUAGCCAGAAGAGGAAAAAACAAAACAAACUAAGCAAAACAAAGAACAAAAGGAAAAUAGCACAAGUAACCCAUCAAAAUUCAACACCAACCCGACCGACACUGCUGACAGAGCACAAGACAUUUUUGAAAGCCAAAAUUUGAACAAAAUCAUCAAUCAAAUUAGCAAGUUUGUAAUAUCUGUAUUCAAUUUCUAACAUACCGUGAAAUCAAUCAAAACAUCAUCAGAGCCGGCCCCUUGAAUACGGUUCCUCCCUGACCUCCACACAGCCAGGUUUACUUCAGCCAAACAACAUUUUUUUGUGAGCUUCGUAUUUGGGGCCGUAAGCAAAACAGACCAAAGAAAAAGACUCCCCUAAACCCCUAACCAACACCUACAGAGAGGAAAGGAGACCUAACUCCUGAGUGAGUGAAUGAGCGAGCGAGCGAGUCUGGGUAAUGCAGAUGGAUCCGUCAGAUUUUCCAUGAGCUGUCAGAGUUUUCUCUGCAGUGUUUUUUGCUUUGAUUCUUGUUGCAUUUUGGAGCUACAUCAGAGAAGUUACCAAAAUGCUCUUAUUUACCUUUGUGGUAUCUGUGCAGGUGAUAGAGCAUGACUGCAUUGUAGAAGAAUGCUCUGACUAUGGCUAAAAGUGAGAAUAAAGGGAAUAUUUGAAUGUUUUGCUUGAUAACAGCGUUCUGGGACAAUUCUGCAACAGAUGUGACAGCUGUAAGCUGGCUGAGAUGGCAAGCUGUUUUCCUGUUUGCUGGUAUUUUAGAUGUAUAAAAAUGAACUUAAGUGGAGGUGUGGAUUUCCAAAUUGGGUUGGGUGUCAGAAGAAACCCACCUUGACCUAAAACAGAACACCUUUCAGAGCUGUCUGAAGUGUGUAGAAAGAGGCACAUUGGUGUCAUACUAUACAUACUUCUUUAAGUACUUCUGUAUUUGGUGUCCUGGAAUGUGGACCAACCUCUUUUACUCCAUUAUUCUCAAGUUUUGUUUGUUAAUUUGUCUAUUCUUGGGUGGGUCUGUCUGAGUGAACAGUGGAGAAAAGUUUCUUGGGAUUUUAAAUAUCUUAGAUUUCCCCUGUUAGUUUGAAUAUUUUAGUAAAAAAGCUCUAAGUUUAAGAAGAAGGCAGUUUGAAUGGAUCUGGGCUCAGUGACUCACAGGGAUCCGGCCGGGCCACAUUCCUGGGAGACAAGUUGCAAACGAGAAUCAUUACGUUGAUGUUCAGCCGAGGCCAGACCCGUCAGACAAGCCGGAUGAGGGCAAGUUUUCCCAUUUCAGUCCCGCGCUGGCGCCGCCCUCCGCUCGCAGAGGACACACACUCUCAGCCCAACACAGGACGCUCACUGCACGGUGGAGCACACAGUGUUUUCCUUUUUUAUGCUGUUGUCUCUUUUUUCCUUUAAACUGUGUAAUUUGAAAAGAUACAGAAGAAGCUAAUGGGGGAAAAUCCUCCAAAUCACUGAGGGCUUUCUGUCGAAUUGCUGGAUAUCGACACAAUGGAUCAGGAGGAGCCACUGGACUUCAAGAGCAUACGGGCCAAGUUCCAGGAGUCCGACUUUUUCCUGAAGCAACCCAAGAGCAAGCCUGCUCUCCCGGAGAAGCCAAAGGUUGUCCCUCCCCCCCAGCCACUGAGCCCCACUCAUUUCCUCCCCGCAGGUGCACGAGCCUCCCUGCUUACCUCUAUUAACCAAUCCUUAGAGUCAAAGACCCUUUUUGCACCUAGAGUGGUCUUCAAGGACGACAAGAAGGACGGCAAAACUCCUCUCAUCCACACCAAUUCAAAAACAAAAGAAAAGGGGGAUGUGAAACAAAAAGAUGUGAACAACAAGACUGCGAAAGAAGUGAAAGAGAAGCUGAACAGUACUCCAGUGGAAGGGAAAGAAAAGAAAGAAAAUGGCAAAGGAAAGAAAUUUCUAAGUACGCCAGCACCAAGAGAUGGAGAAGAGCCGGUGCUGGCCACACCCACGCCCAAAGCCACAACUCAGAAGAGGAAAGGUAUCCUCGGUUUCAAAAAGUCCUCAAAACAGGACCCAGGGGUGACUGUGAGCGAGCCAAUCCUCAACGUGCAGAGUCCAGAGGGUUCUGGACCAGCUUCACGGGUCUCCCCGGUUUUCUCCACAGUCAAUGCAAAAGCAGAGGGUGACACAUCCGACCCCCAAUUCCCUCUGAACAAAAACAACCCCGUUCUUCAGGAAAUCCCCCCAAUGUCACCCAUUCCUGCACCUCAAGAUUUCUCCUCUACUCCGACCUUUAUUCCUGACAUCCCAGCUCCCUCCAACCCCCCUCCUGUGACUGAAACUCCAGCUAAGAUAGAAAAUCCUGCUUUGCCAGUUUCUACAACAGCCAGCCAAAAUGAAAAUCUUCCUGAUUCAUCUUCCGCUUCCCCGACCCCUCCAACGGGCUCUGCCAUCCCAGACGCUCCUGUGGGGGUCUCUGCUCCAUCUCCCCUUCCUCCAGAGUUUGAGGCUGAGGCUGAGGCUGCUCUCCAAGCCCUAAACGUGGACACGGUGGAGAGUCCUCUUCCUCCAAAUCUGGACUCUCCAGCUUCUCAGACCCCUCCUAGAGUUGAGCGUCCCAUCUCUGUGCUGUCUGCUCUGGAGAGAGCGGAGGACAUGAGCUACGGAAAAAGAACGCCCCCAGGUGACCUGAGGAUUCUGAGUGCUCUGGAGAAUGCACGCAAGAAGUCCAACAGCCCUUUGUCCAACCCAACACAAACCUCUCCAUCACCUGAGGAGCUUGCCCCUCCUCACAGCCCCACCCCGGCUUUACUGGAGCUCCCACCCAUUGACUAUGAGGAUAAAACUGGAACGGCUCUCCCAUCGAAACCAGAACAAGUUAACGGCACGGACUACCGACAAGCCCCCCCAGUCUCAGAGGGAGUCACUGAUAGGGUGGCCGACCCCAUUGCUGACGUGUUGGUAGUUCCCACCCCUCCACCCAGACAGGCCCGCCAGGACCUGAAAGCUGAGUGUACUGCUCCAGAUGAACCCGAUGGACCUCUGUCGGAUGACUUUAUUCCUCCUCCUCUUGUUGAAGUGAUCCCUGUUCCCCCGGAGUUUUCAGAGGAAAUUCCUAAAGUUGAACCUUCCGAUUGGGAGAAUGAGGAGCACACAGUUUUAGACGAGGCAGAAACACAGAACCCCACAGCGUUCUACAGUAAUGGAGUAACUGAUCAAGAAUCCGAGUUCCAUCCAGAACCUGAGGUCCAUACAGAACCAGACUUCCAUCCGGAACCUGAGGUCCAUACAGAGCUGGUUCAUAAAGAGAAGCCCCUUGAUCACUCAUUGCCUGAAUUUCCCCCUCCAGUUUUCAAUGAACCACCACCCAAGGAGGAGCUUCAGGCAAACAAUCGCACCAGUUACCAUGACAACAGAGAAACUGCGCAUGAGGACAUCCAGGUUCAAUCGAAGAAGAAAGGAAAGGGCAGCAAUAACGGCAAGAAACCCCUAAAGAAAGGAACACCAAAGAAUCCAUAUGUUGAGGCUUCACAGGAACCAGCAAGCAGCCCUGUGCAGCCACAGGUUCCAGAGCGAACCAGGACGGGCCGGUUCGGGAGGAACGAAAAGAAAACGGUCACAGACGGACCGGAUGAGAAGGAGCUGAAGAAGAAAGAAAAGCAGCGGCUAGAAAAGGAAAAGAAGGAGCUGAAAGAGAAACAAGAGAGGGAGAAGAAGGAGCAGAAGGAGAGGGAAAAGAGAGAGCACGAGAUGAAGAAAAAAUUCAAGAUCACAGGACAGGAGGAGGCCAUGUAUCAGGCCAGAGUCAUAGAAACAACCAAAGGACGUAAGACCGACCUGCCUGUCAAGAGCGGAGACGUCGUCAGCAUCAUCCGGACCACCAAGUGCCCCAAAGGGAAGUGGCUGGCCAGGGACAGCAGCAGCAACUACGGGUAUGUUGCUGUGGGGCAUGUGGAGCUGGACAUUAAGGAGAUGCUGGAGCUGGGAAAGAAAACACCACGAAAGAGCAGCAGCAACGUCAUGGAGAUAGAUCGAGUUAGCGCGGGGGGCAUAGCCACAAAUCACUUUCAGCAGUCUGCAGAAAGCUUUUCAGAUGACAGUGAGGAGUGGACAUGUGAUGAUGAAGAACCCCUGGAAAAUGCAGAUCCACUCACCCCAGUGAGUCACACCAGAAGUAUCUCUAUGCCAGAUGCAGGACAAAGUGACAUUCCCAUAAUCCACCAGCACAGCCAGAGUGACAUGAGCGCUGAAAACUCUCAGACACAUGGAAGAAAUGAAGCACUUCAGAAGUUGGCCACAUUUUUCCAUUCACCUAAACCAGUGCAGACACCUGCCAGCACCACUGAGCCACAGACAAGACCUUUGCAAACAACAGAAGAUGUUCUUGUGCCUGAGCAGAGUACAGUCCAGGAGGCAGAGUUUGAUGGCACUGCCAUCAUUUUACCUCCUCCUGACCUUUACGCCGACCUUCCAGGAAACCAUCAUUAAAAGCAGGAAGCACCUGGGCUCGCCUGUUUGCUGAAGCCAGUCAUCCAUGUGGAAUAAGGAUGCUGGGAAUCUCUCUGCACAUGUGAAAAGGACUCUCUGACUUGGAACUUUGGAUAAGGAAAAACCACCAUGAUGUACAACGGGGAAAGUUGGUCUUGCAGCGACCGGGUGAACAUUCAGGCUUCUGUUUAGACAGCAAUGUAAACUGGAGGAGCACAUUUGAGCAGAACGGAUCUGCUCAAAAAACUAAACAUCAACAGAAAAAAACAUUUUGUUCUAUACACUGUCCUGCUCAGAGAUUCUGCUGGUCCUGAAGACCUAUCCUGAAAAAGGACCGAGUUUGUUUGAACUCAGCUUUGUUUCUGUGUUCACAUUCAUUCUGUUUUUCCUUUGUCAUCCUGUGUUUCUUCUGAAGGCCCUGGUGGAUUGCAUAGAGCUAAAGAAGCAUUCUGUGCCCUGCUAUUUAAAUAUACCCUCCUUUUUAAUGGUUUAGGUUAAUUUCAUCAUCUCUGCCUGCAUGGACAUAAGCUACACAGUAUUAUUUUGCACAUCUUUAUGGUUUGGUCUCAGACCUGCAGAAGGCCUCAGCUUCCCUGUGCUCCUCUUUCAGGAAACAUUUUCUGUCUCUGACUGGUUUGCUGUGCCAGGUCUCUCCAUCACAAGCCUGACCUUUCUGUAAACCGAGGAGGACAUCCGGGGUGCACUCGCCUUCACUCCUGUGUGUUCAUGUUGACAAAAGUCUGAGGAGCAAAACUGUUGUUUUUUAGCUUUGUUUUUAUUGUCAAUAAAUAUUCAUUAAAGUGCGAAUCAUAACAGCAGGAUCAUGCAGCCCAAAAUAAUCCAGAGUUCAGUCAGCAGAGGCUCACAUCUGCGCUCACCGGCACAAACGGAGGCGUGGACGGUCACAAGAGUCAGAAGAACUGCGGUGCAGUCCCACAUUCACUUUGGUACAACAAAGAACGUGUUUCCUGUGGUCCAGUUCCCAGAGCGAGCAUGCCUCCU